AUGAGGUCAAUACGGCACUUCGAAGUCAAACCCUUCCGAAUGUUCAUCUUCCUCGCCGUCCUCCUCCUCGGGGGCUUCUUCCACUUCCUCUGGAAAGCAGAAGCAGCCUCCUCCGAGCCCUGGAUACCCGACCCCGGCGCCCGCCUCUUUGCCCAACAACCCCUCCUCCCGCCCGUGCCAGAGACGAGCAUCACCACAUACUCGCUGCCUCUCACCACGAGGGGCCGCGACAUAGUCGACACCAAUGGCCGCCGCUUCCAGCUCUCCAGCGUCAACUGGUAUGGCGCCUCCGACGAGCUCUUCAUCCCCGGCGGCCUCGACGUUCAGCACCGCUCCGUCAUCGCCAAGACAAUACGCAAGCUGGGCUUCAACAGCGUGCGCAUGCCCUACGCCGACGAGCUGGUAAUACGCAACCCACACAUCCUUCCGCACCUCCUGACGGCAAACCCGGACCUGGUCGGCCUGCGCGCCAUGGACGUGUUCGAGGCGUGCGUGCGCGCCCUGACGGACGAGGGCAUCGCAGUCAUAAUCAACAACCACAUCACACACGCGACAUGGUGCUGCGGGGCAGACCCGUGUGAUGCGGGCUGGGCGAACGACCACCUGGGCCCCCUGUGUCGGAUUCAGCAGACCGAGGAGGACUGGAUACGGCACUGGGAGGACGUCAUGUCGCGCUUCGUGGACGACCCCUACGUGAUAGGCGCCGACCUGCGGAACGAGGUGCGCGGCGUCUGGGGCACCAUGACGUGGGACCGAUGGGCCACGGCGGCCGAGAAGGCCGCCAACAGGCUGCUGAAGCUGAAGACCGACUGGCUCAUGAUUGUGGGCGGCACCGAGUCGGGCAACGACCUUUCCGGGGCGCGCACGCGCCCAAUCGAGCUCGACGUCCCCAACAGGGUGGUCUACAGCGCGCACGUGUACGCGUGGUCUGGAUGGGGCAGCAUGGAGGGCCGGUUCUCAAAGCGCCCCUAUCCUUCAUUCGUCAGGGCGAUGCAGGCAAACUGGGCUUACCUCAUUGAGGGCGACAUCGCGCCUGUCUGGAUCGGCGAGUUUGGCGCGCCGCAGCACCCGGGCCAGGGCGACGCCAACUACUGGGGCAACCUGCUGCGCUACCUCAAGGAGAUCAAUGCCGACUUUGGCUACUGGGCCAUCAACCCGCGCAAGCCCAAGGACGACAAGAAGGAGACUUACUCGCUCGUGGAGGACGACUGGGUGACGCCGGUGCUGGAUUACAGGAUGCGGGAUAUGACCGAGCUCAUGCGGGCCUAG